AUGUCCGAACAAGUGACGUUCGAGAAGGUCAAGAGCAAUGGCAGCGUAGUGAAGAAGCAAGUCCCCGUGUUUCGCGACGGCGACUGGAAGGAGUGGCUCGAGUGGCUCUUGCGUCUGUCGGAGUACUUCGUGUUCAUGGGGUACACUCACAGCGAUGAAGACCAGCUCGAUUUCGUUGAAGACGUUCAGGUUCUACUGCAGGACGAUGACUUGCUGAUGUUCAGCGAGAUCGUGGCUGAGGAGCAGUUGACGAGCACCAACGUCGCUCUCCAAGCCUUGCGUCGGCUGACUACAGUCCAUUGCCCUCCUGGAACUCGGGCUCUGAUCAUGGACGAGCUGGUGCAAGCGAAAAAGACACGCACGAUGACAGUGCGUGAGUAUGCACGCAACUUUCGCAAGUUGCUGCGUAUGAUUUCUUUUGUCGAGGAAAACGACCCGGUCCCAGAGGCGGACUUAACACGCAUGUCUAAAACCGGUAUGCCGAACGAUUGGCAACUGGAACUGAAUCGCCAUGCCCGGACUUGGGAUCUCGCGAGUAUGGAGGCCAAGUUCGAAGCUAUUGAGCGGAACGAGAAGGAGGCAGAGGUGCUGCGUAGCGGUCGCUCGAUGCAACGACGGCAAGGCGAGCAACAGGGCAAACCCACGAAGACGUCCGAACGACACCAUCAGGGCUCGCAGCAGCCCGACCGAAGCGGAAAGAAGACCGCUCGGUCGAAGCCAAAGCAGUGCACGUACUGCAAUAAGAAGGGGCAUCUGGACACAGAGUAUUUCCGUAACCCGAACUCCCCGUCGUACAAGCCUCGAGGUGACCAUGCCGGUCACCAAAGUCGCAAUACCUUUGCGGUAAUGCAGGAACAGGUGACGCAGAUGGCUGCGAUGAUGGAGGCAAUGAAAAAAAAGGACAGGAUGAAGAGUUCAGUGCGAUGA